GUACGAUUCUGAAACCUUUAUACUUUGUUUUGCGUCUCGACGGAUUAGUUAAAUGACGCUUAUCACUUAAUCCGCCUUCUAGAUCGCAGAAACACCUGUUAUCAAUAAUGCGCUGUGCCAAGAAGUCUCUUCACGAAAAUAAACACCACGAUAAAAACUUGUUUACUUGGUUUUUACCCAAAAAUAAAUGGAAUUUCAAAAUUUUCAAUAAUUUCGUGAUGCACUUCCAAGUAGUUUGUUAAUCUCUCAAAGGAAAGAUUAUUUUGAUUGAUGGUCUUUGCCACGAUAUAAAUAAUAGCCUCGCAAGUGAUUUACUCAAUUCGAUGGUUUAAAAGUGGGUAAAAAUGGCACGACUCUUGACUUUUGUGAUUUUUUUAACCGUGCUGGUGGCAAUACACGGCGAUUCAUGUUCCGGAGCAACAAAGGAUUUGAGUGAAGUGAAGGCUGAAGACAUCAGGUAUUCACUUGAAGUCUACUACAAGCUCUUGUUGUACAUCAAAGAGAAUAAUCUUUUGGAUAUAGACGACUGUCCGAAAUGCAAGUGCUUUGGUGCGGACAUGUGCAUUGAUUUGUGCGAUGGUGGCAUAUGGCCUUGAGUGUAUUUUCCAAAUAAAAGGUUAUUUUAAAA